AUGCCUCCAGCUCAUGUGUACGAAUCUCCAGCACAUAUGAGUAACUUGAACUUACAAGGCGACGAACCUUCAUCUGAUAUCUUCUUCACCCCGUACAUCCAAAGUGACGAUGAGUUAAAGAAAGGAGACAAGCACGCUUCCAUUGAGAGUGCUUAUAACAAUCCAACAAACGGAUGGCAUGACCCACCAUCAACUCAUGUGUAUUGUAUUCGCCAUAUUGCCCAGAACUUCAUGCGGGAGAUCAAGGAUAGGCAGCUCAGGAAGACCCUGGUCAAUGCUAGUUAUGCAUUAACCCAACCUACAUUCCAGAAUUAUCGGAGUGAGAUUGUACUGACAAAUCCAGAUGCGGGAACUUGGAUAGAUAACCUUUCCAAGGGUAAAUGGACAAUGGCUUAUGACAACGGCGUGCGAUGGGGCCACAUGACGACAAAUCUGGUAGAAUCCAUGAAUGGAGUUUUCAAAGGCAUUCGUAACCUUCCUAUCACUGCACUAGUGGAGGCAACCUACUCUAGGAUGGCUUCACUAUUCUCAACGAGAGGCAAGAAGUGGAGUGAUGUUAGAGAAUCGAGUCAAUUGUUUAGUGAUAGUUGCAUGAAAUUUAUGCAAGAGCAAUCGGCAAAGGCAAACACUCAUCAAGUAACUGCUUUCGAUCGAUUCAACCGCACCUUUAGUGUUCGCGAAACAAUUGACCACAAUGAGGGUUUUCCAAGACAACAAUAUCGGGUCAUGCUAGACAACCAUUGGUGUGACUGUGGAAAGUUUCAAGCUUUCCGUAUGCCUUGCUCACAUGUCAUAGCGGCAUGUGCAUUUGCGCACCGCGACGCAAUAUCACUAAUGUCUCCAAUUUACAAGGCUCAGACAUUGCUCCGAGUUUACAGUGCUGUGUUUCCAGUGGUAGCCAAGGAGGAUUACUGUUAG